CCCAGUUUUCUCUGUCUUGAAUAAAAAUGAAAACCAGCUCAAAGCCAGCAGAAGUUGAUCUCCUCCCGUCGUCUUCAUCAUCAGACGACAAUCAUGGAGGUGGAAUUCGAGAAAUGACUCAACUUCUCAUUUUGUGUUCAAUCUUCGUCUUCCUUCUCCUCUCUUCUCUAAUGAUUCUCCGCAAAUCAAGCUUCGCUCCAUCAAUCACCAUCGCCUUACCCUCAGUCGCCAAAUCUAAACCCAUCUUCCCCCAACCCGCAUCCUCCUCCGACACCCUCUUCGGAUCUUCCCGUAGAAAAAUGUCAUCCGGAGAGAUCAAAUCCAUAUCCGCCGCCCUUUCCAGAUGCAACAACAUCACCCACUGCAAUUUCCUCGUAUUCGGAUUAACCAAAGAAACUCUUCUCUGGCAUUCGCUAAACAAAAACGGUCGAACUGUUUUCGUAGAGAGUAACGCUUACCUUGUUCGCGACCUCGAGUCAAAUCAACCGGAAAUCGAGGCUUACGAUGUUGAAUUCGCAACUGAGGUAACAGAAAUGUAUGAUUUAAUCGAAUCGGUUAACGAACAGGUUCGAAACGAGUGUCGUCCGGUGCAGAAUCUUCUGUAUUCGGAUUGUCCAUUGGGGAUUAACGAUCUUCCUAAUUACGUGUACGACGUGGAAUGGGAUGUAAUUUUGGUGGAUGGACCGUGGGGGAUUAAUUCCGGUGAGGCGGCGGGGAGAAUGUCGGCGAUAUUCACGGCGGGUGUUCUUGCGAGAAGUAAAAGGAACGGCGAAAAGAGUGUUGAUGUAUUUGUGAAUGAAUUUGAUAGGGAGGUGGAGUGGAUUUGCUCGGAGGAGUUUUUGUGCACGGAGGAGAAUCUUGUUGAAUCGAAGGGUUCGUUGGCGCAUUUUGUCAUCGGAAAGAUGAAUCACGAUUCGAAUCGCUUCUGUUUGAACUCGGGUUCAUGAUCACUUGCCCUAGAUGAUGAUCAUCAUCCGAAGAGAUGAAGUAAGGAAAACGUCGCUGAUUGUGCCAGCUUGAUCUUGACGGUGAUGAUGAUGAUGGUGAUCGAAAUACAAAUUACACAAGACAAUAAUUUGUACAUAUAUAUUUAUUAAUUCAUUUAUAUAAUUAAUUAUGUAACAAACAAUAAUUUUAAUUAUGUUUUAGGUUUGAAACUUUCCAUA